AUGCCGCUCAUUAUUGACACUGAUCCCGGAAUCGAUGAUAUGCUCGCGCUGCUGCUGCUGCUGGCGACCCCCAAGGCAACGGCAGAGCUCAAACUAAUUUCUCUGACCUACGGAAACUGCGCCCUCGAGGCCACUUUGGUCAACGCACUCAGUCUGUUCUAUGUUGUCGGCAAAGAAAAUGAGUACCGCGCAACAAUUGGGCUCCCGGAAUAUACUGAUCAGCGCCCUAUUAUUGCAUUGGGCAGUCGGCAUCCUCUGAACGGGGUCGAAGCCGUGAACGCAACCGACGUGCACGGCAACGACGGUCUCGGCGGAAGCCACCAGACUCACCCAGAGUACACCUGUCCCAAAGAGUGGGUUGAGAUGUUCAGUCCCGGUGCAAAAGAGCCAGAAGAGACCUUUCCGUUCCGCAUUGGCAGGCAGGAGUCUCACCUAGAGAUUCUGGACAUCCUCCGAUCCGAGCCAGAGAACACGGUGACCAUUUUGGCAGUAGGACCGUUGACGAACGUGGCCAAGGCAGCGGCUGCAGAUCCCCAGACGUUUUCGCGAGUCAAAGAAAUCCUCAGCAUGGGCGGAGCAGUCAGGAUUACCGGUAACAUCACGCCGGCUGCGGAGUUCAAUGUGUUUGCUGAUCCGUUGGCUGCGUCUAUUGUCUAUGCUCUGACGUCGUUGCGUCCUCAGGAAAUGCUGCCGACAGGCACCUCUGAGUCCUACUUACAGCUGCCUAAACCUCUUGAUCUCACGAUUUUCCCGCUGGACAUUACUACCAAGCAUGUCAUGACCAGCAAGGAGAUCGAGCAGGUGCUCGACAGCCGCAUUGCCCGCCACCCGGGGUCGUGGCUCUUGAAAUGGGUCAAAAUCUGGACAAAGCUGUCGCUGGAGAAAAUGGAAGUGGUCUACGGCUGGCCCGAUGCCCCGCUGCAGAUGCACGACCCGCUUACUGCAGCCUACAGCAUUGAUCCGGCAAACGGCUGGACUCUGGAGGAACUGGACAUCCGCGUAGAGUCUGCAGGCAGCUGGUGCCUGGGUAAAACCCUUACUGACGAUCGUUCUCGCGGCUCAAUUGACAACAACCCCCAUGACUAUCACCGGUGGCAUAUGUCGGGCAGUGGAAACAAAGUCAAAAUGGUGACUGGCUCACCGUACCCCGAGUUUGGCAGCUUUUUGCUGGAGACUCUUUCAAAAUUAACAUAG